AUUAAUCUGCUUCUCUGCGUGUGCGUGUGUUUUGGUGUGCGUGCGUGCGUGCGGGAUUUUCUGUGUGUUUUGUCCAGCGUGGUAAUUUAGUCGAUCGCUCGGCCACUUCUUGCGUAAUCUCUCUGUCUGUGUGUCUGACCUUCCGCUUCUCUCUCUGAGGAGCGAUUGGGUUGGACUGCGGACGAGCAAUUUAGUCGGAGAGUUUUUCAAAACAUUCAAAGCUUAGGCAGCCUACGGCCUGCCUCGUCGAUUUUCCCCUUAGGUGAGGCGUGUUUGUGAGUGAAUAGCUAGGUGGGUGGGUUUGAGUGGCCCCUGGCGCAAAUCCUUGGAUUGAUCUCUGUGCAUUUGACUCUCUAAGGAGUUUCGAGGUUCAAGCUCUCCAGAUCUGAGAAGAAACUCCGACCUGCUUGAUGGAGUUUUUUGAGAAGGCCAAGCUCGUGCGACUGAAGAGCCUACAUGGAAAGUAUUUGUGGGCCGAUGAUGAUGGCUACAAAGUGUUUCAGUGCAGGGAACCUAUGAACGUCGCGGCUCACUGGCGAGUGGAACGAGAUCCCGAUUGUGCCCAGAUCAGAUUAGUGAGCUGUCAUAAAACUUAUUUAACUGCGAGUGAUGAUAAUUUCCUGACAGGAAUGACAGGAAAGAAGGUUGUGCAAAGUAAGCCAAGGCAUAUAGAUUCCUCAGUUGAAUGGGAACCAAUUAGAGAAGGGUCUCAGGUGAAGUUGAAGACCUGUCAUGGGAAUUUCCUCAGGGCAAACAAGGCGCUCGGUCCCCCAUGGAGAAAUUCAGUCACUCACGAUAUUCCUCAUAGAAUGGCAAAACAUCAAGAGUACCUACUUUGGGAGAUCGAAACUGUCUUCGGGACUGAUGGCACGAGUUCCGGCGCCCUUGGUUCUAGUCAUGGGGGAGGACUAGCAGCAGCGCAUGCAGCUUAUGUGUCUUCAGGUGCUGUUUCAAUCUCCAAUCAUUCUCCCACGCAGCUUGGGACAAUGAUUGGAGAUUCAGAUCCGAUGUCGGACGGUUCACCUCCAGGACAGUCGCCCGAGUCUUCUCCGCCUCAUCGUAGACCGGUUUAUGGCGUUUCAGUCUCAGCUCAUUCCGCGUACGUGCCGUCCACUCCGUCACCAUCUGUCACUGCAGCCUCUGCUACUUCUAAACCUCCGGAAGGGCGCACUAUUCACUACGCCGUCGCCAGUGAUAUAGAGGAAGCAAGGCGCCUCGAUGGCUCUGGAUGGCCUACCUUGAACUUCAAGGGUCAUACUCUCAGUGCACUAAAGAAGCAGCUGAAGGAAGUACUUGAACUCGACGACGACAUCUAUCUGUGUGCUCGUCAUCAUACUAACUCAAACCUGUACGAAUUGAAGCUGCCUACUCUUCCACCAAACAAUGCAGCCAUGCACAUCGUUGUGGUGAAGUUGAGCUCAUCUGUCAAGAAAAGCAAAUCAAUUGCCGAGGCGGUCUCAAUGAAUGGUCAUCAAUAGUUAGGAGAAGGUCAUCAUCACAAUCCUGCAGGUUCUGGUAUGACAUGAAAGAAUGACAUGCUCAUCGUACCCGCAGUUCUGCACUUAAAAAGAAGGCGUCAUUCGGCGACAAAUGGGUGUCAUGGCAUGUUAUCCAAUCUUUCCACCAAUUAUCGUCUCGUUGAGAGAGGCUCAAGUGUUUCCUUCGUAAACAGGUUACAUAGUUUAAACAUACCAACACGGCUUUCUACAACCUUGUCCUUGCGGAGAUGAUAUGACCUGAGACAGACAGCCUCAUGUCUGUUUCCGUAGAAUAUUCUUCAGUUUUGCCGGUCCCUUUUGUACUAUAGGUCCUUUGUCAAUAGAGUUUACUGUACACAGAGAGCAGGGAUGAAAUUAUAUACUAGAAGGAGAGCAAGCACGGUGCUUUCGAUUCGCACUUCAUUUCACCGAAUUUCAGAUUUUUCUCCCUUUCAAUGAAGCUAUUGUAGGUACACUUUCAGCUGUAAUUUACCCCUUGGAAGGAGAAAAGCUUAGACCUAGGGUCCAGGCCACACGUAUUUUUUAGAACUCGUUACAGACAUUCUUUCUCCGAUCUCGUAAUUUUGGUCUGUAGUUCCCCUAGAGUUGUGAAUGCUGCCAUUACGAGUCCCUAUGCAGGUCGGGCUUAUUCUGUCGGAAUCUCGACCUUGAGAGCCUGAUAAGUUCUUGAAAUGUGACUUCAAUUAUUUUUUAGAAUGGAUGUUGAAGAUCUCACUUG